AGGUGUUUGUCAGUUUGUAGCCUGUAAUCACCUCCGUUCCAUUGAGUAUUUCAAGGAAUCUAUCAGCUCUCCUGAGGGUCCAUACCUAGCUUUCAAAUGCUCGAGAGAUCACGACGAUUACAACCUCGGAUUGUGUUUCGACACCAGUCAUUGUGCCCCUAUGGGCUGGCACUCACCCCUCGGCUAUCCAGGAGGGGAAAACCACAUGUAUCAGAUAAAUACCAAUGAUGAUGAACCAUACGCCGGUUACCAGUAUCAGUUCACUUUCAAGUUCGAUGAUCAUCGCAAAGCCCAUGAUGCCAAAGGUCUGAUCUACAUAACCCUCAUGGGUAACAAGGCACAAUCAUCCAAGGUCGCCCUCACCUCCGAAACUACCGAAUAUUACACCAACACUGCAUACGUGUAUAUGACGCCAUAUGACGUUGGUCCUGAUGAUACUGAGGGUCUGGUAAGCAUAUACUUCGAAUGGGACUACGACGCAGACUGGUACAAAUGGUGGGAUUGGGAAGCCAUCGAGAGACCGGAACUCUUCAUCCAUCAGAUACAAGUAAUUGAUUCCCAAGGGAAUAAGUACAUUAUGUGCGGUGACUACAAUGGAAUCGAACCCGGAGAUGUGAAGGCUUUCAUCAGCUCGGCUGAUGGGGCAACUUGUCCGUAACAACGAGCCUUAAAGAACCAGGAUCCUGUCAAAGAUUUUGAAUGAUUACAUUAAUCUCAACACGGAAAACCAGUUGCACCAUCAUUAUCAUUUCUUGUCUUCACUGAAAAAAAAAUCGAUGCUGAUUUAACAUCAGCUCAUAGCCCAUAAUAUAGGAAAAACAGAUAUGUUUUGACAUAACACCACAGGGCUCCGUAACACAAUCGCUUAAUACCAAUGACCAAUCAAGAUAAUCGAUUGCUUGCGCAAUCUGUUUAAAUACUGACCGGGAACCAAUCAGUGCGUUUUUUCACAGUUGUAAUUCAUUGCAAACCUUUGUGUUACGGAGCCCAAUUUGGCUUGAAGCUUAAUCCAUACAGCAUAAGCCAUUGCCGACAGUUUGACAUAACCUUCCACUUCCCUGGUCAUGCUGGUUUGGCGUUUCAUUCUAAAUUGGUGUUUAAAAUUGGCGACCCAGUGACAUUUGCUCCUGCGACAAUUGCUCUUGGGCUUUAUUUCGUCUAAGAUAUAAAUUUAUGAUUAGGGUUGUAAUAGGGUUUUAUGCAAGGUUUAGGAUGGGGUAAAGUUUUAAAUCCAUGAGUGUGCAAAAUUCACAGCGGCGCGAUUGUCGCCGGAGCAAAUGUCAUGGAACCCUAUAAUCAACAUGACAUGGAGUUGUGACUCGACACCGUAGUUUCUUGGUGUAUCGCUCCGAUCCCUUCGUGUUGAAAAAGGGAUGAGUGAUUCAGGUGCUUUUUAAAACCCCAUGGUCACGCACGAGUGGUAUCCACUCGUCCAUUGAAAUGCCACCCCCCCCCCGGCCCCGGGUAAAAAAUACGUAAUUAUAAUAAGUUAAACACCAUCCAGCACGGUAUCUUUAUAGGCCUACUGGAAAUCACGUGUGUUUAA